AUGACUAGAAUCAGAAAAAAGAAGAUCAUAUCCAAAUUGAUUGAGAAUAAGACUCGAAGAAAGGCGUGCUAUAAGAGAAGAUUGAAAGGGUUGUUCACCAAAAUAGAGCAUAUGACAAUCUUAUGUGGCAUUGAGGCAUGUGCGAUUGUGUUUGGUCCAAGUGAUACAAAACCAUCAAUAUGGCCAUCUCCUACGGUGGCUGAAGAGCUAAUAACCAAGUUUGAGUCACUGUCAUUGGAUGUACAAUCGAAAAAUAAGACUGAUCAAUUGACUUUUUUGAAGGAUAAGGGCAAAAAACUUGAAGCAAGCCUUGAAAAGAUCAACAAAGAAAAUGAAGAGACUUUAAUGGGAGCUUAUAUGCAUCAAAUUGAAAACGAAGGUAAGUCUUUAGAUGAUUUUGAUCAUGAUGUGCAGAAUCGCUUGAUUGCUUUUACUCUUGAAAAAAUUAAGAUCACUAGAAAGAUAACUAGGCAUUUAGAAAAGGAGAUCUUGCCUCUUAAUAAUCCUCCUCCACCGUUGGCACCAAUAUCUUUUACUUUAGACAAUGGUGAUGGGGUGGAUUAUGGGGUUAACAUGUAUGGACAUGUUUUGAACCAACAACCCUUGUCAGAUUUGGUCGAGAAAGUUGAUCAAAUGAGUAGUGGUUUCAAUAACAACCCUGGAAGUAGCAUGGGGAUACCUCCACUUGCAGAUCUUAGUGGUGGUGCUUGUGAUAAAUUGGCUAAUCAAGCUGAUUUUGUUGGUUUUGAUAACGGAAUGGGGAUAUCAUCACCUGAAUAUUCUAGUAGUGGUUUUGAUACAACAUUUUUUCAAGACGAUUUUGAAGAUUUCGAUAGUAUCAUGAAGAUACCAUCACAUGAAAAUCAUAGUGGUAAUGUUCAUGAUAUGUUUCUUCCUCGAGGAAAUUUGGGGCAUUUUAUUAACAAUAUAGGUACCAACAUUGGGAAACAAUCACAUGAAAAUCCUAGUGGUGGUGUAGGUAUGUUGCCUCCUCAAGGAUAUUUUGGAGGUCAAAGCAACUUUCAAGGUUUUGAUGACAUUACAGGUAGCACUUCAGGGAUACUACCACAUGCAAAUCUGAAUGGGAAUGUUGAUUCGUUGCCUCCUCAAGAAAAUUUUGAAGGGGAAGAAAACUUUGGAGGUUUUGACAACACAGGUAGCGGCAUGUGGAUACCACAUUCAAAUUCGAGUGGUGGUGAUGCAUUGCUUCCUCAAGAAAAUUUUGGAGGUCAAUUUAACUUUGAAGAUUUUGAUAACAACACAUGUAGCAACAUGUUGAUACCACCACAUACAAAUCCUGAUGUUGGUGAUGUUGAUGUGUUGUCUCAUCGAGGAAAUUUCGGAGUUCAAGAAAACUUUGGAGGUUUUGAUGAUAAUACAUGUAGCAACAUGUGGAAACCUCCACAUGAAAAUCCAAGCAACAGUGGUGUUGAUAUGAUGACUCUUCAUCAAAACAACUUUGGUGGCAAUAUUAAUGGAGAUGGGAUGUGGAGUUUCAAUGCAAACAUUGUUGACAAUAAUUACGGGAGCAACUUCAACCCUGGAUUUCCUUCCGAAUAA